AUAUAUUAGAUGUUGAUUUUAUUUGAAAUAUUAGAUGUUGAGUUUAUUUGAACACAUAUGACAUAUUCAUUGUGUGAGAAGGAGAUGUUGAGAUUCUUGUAAUUGAACACAUAUUAGAUGUUUAGUGUAUACCGAUAUUUGAGAUGAAGAUGAACUCAUAUAUGUUUAUUGUUUGAACUUUGUAAGGAUGGUUUGGCUUCUCGACGAUGUCUACGACACGAAACACCGGGCCUACAUGAUGCGCGAGAAGGAGAUGAAGCUUGAACCUUUGAAGAUUCGGUAUCACGGAGUCUCUGGUCCUGCCAUGCCUUACGAUGAGCGGUACACACCGUACAUCAAGCAGGCAGGACUACUCCCGUGGAUUCAGUUGGUCAGCCGGUCCACGCCGAAUCUGAAUGCUCCACUGGUGUCCGCUCUUGCUAAUCGGUGGAGGCCGGAGACGCAUAGUUUCCAUCUUCGGACUGGGGAGAUGACCGUGACGCUCGAGGAUGCCUCGUUGAUCACCGGUCUUGCUAUGGACGGGAUGCCUCUCUGUAUGAGCACCGAUUCUGAUGGGUGGCGCGAGCAGAUGAUUGCUCUUAUCGGUAUGGCUCCUACCGAGGCUGAGGCUGAUGUAGAGGAGGGAGAAGAGAAGAAGAAGAAGAAGGAAAGGAAAGCAGCCGGAGCUGCUUUCACGUGGAUUCAAACUCACUUUGCGACGUGCCCUCCGGAUGCCACUGAUGACGUGAUCCAGACACAUGCUCGUGUCUACAUGUGGUAUGUUGUGUCGGGGACUUUGUUUCCUGACUCCACUGGCAAGAACGCUCCAUGGAUGUGGCUGAAGGCGUUGACCGUCUUCGAUAGCAAAUGGAGCUGGGGUUCAGCGACUCUUGCCUACUUGUACCGACAGCUGGACGAUGCGUGUUGCAGGAUCACAGAUAGUGCAGGCAUUGGUGGUAAUAUGCUUCUACUUUCUGUAUGGAGCUGGGAGCGUCUGCCUGUUGGACGCCCGAAGAGCGUCAGGUUUAAUCCUUGGUAUGAAGAUGAAGAUGACGAAUUACGGCGCCCCACUUGGGCUUACAAGUGGGAUGUGGUUUCCGAGAUGACGAACGAUGUCAAUCUCAUGUACCAGAAGUACGUUGCC